ACUCGAUUGGCCUAAGUGGCAUGUAAGACAAGACACAUGUACGCAAUAAGGGGAGGGGACGUGAUCAAGUGGGUGAGGGGAGGUAAUGGGAGUAGAUGAUACGAUUUUAGUAUUUUAUCGAAGCACUCGAAUAGACGGGGAUGAUAUCGGAAAUUUCAUCUUUAUCGGAGAGGGAACCAUAUGAAAGGAUAAGAAAAAACGAAACGGGCUUGGGGGGAGGGGGGAUACGACGAUACUCCUGGCCAGUGGGUAGGGGAAUGGUGAUGGAUGAAUAUAAGAAUACACGGAGCAUCGAAGAUGCGGCCGAGCCGCCAUUACGCAGAGGAAUAGAAAGUGAAGACGUUGCAAAAAGAAAAGUUCAAAUGAGACCAUGAUGAGGAAGGGUAUCAAACGCGAGCAACAAUAGACAAGACAAGACUGAAAAAGAUGAACGACAGUACGCAGCAACCAUGAAACGCCGACAGAGAUUAGAUCUCAGGGAAAUCCGGAGCCUCGAUGUUGUGCGACCGCAGCAGCGCCUGGUACAUCAGCGCGCGCGACUUCCACUGCUCGCUGUCCCGCUUGUAGUGCUCGACAUUGUCCUCGAGUUCCCGCUGGUAUUCGAGCUUGCGCCUCCGCGAGCGACGGGCGGCGAUGGUGUUCUGCCGCCGCUUCGCCUCUAUUUGCUCUUGCUCGGUCAUCGUCGGCUUCAUAACAACAUGCAUCACCACCACCACGAUAACCACGCUGACGCCCACUCCGAGGUCGUCAAUGCCCCGCACAAGGCCGCGCUCUCGCAUGAGCUGAUCGCAGCCGCUGCUUCCUACGAGGCCAUGAAGGCGUACGAGAAGCACGUUCAGGCCCAGGGCCACCCCGACGACCACGCCAAGGCGAAGGAGCUCAUUGCUGCAUUCAGCGGUGCCUUCAUCGACCGCAUGGUCGAGACCAAGGGCCUCGACUUCAUCGACAAGCAGAAGGUCAAGCACCAGGCGACUGCCCACGCGGAUAACCACCUCCCUGCUGCUUUCCCUGGGCAAUACUGAGCUGGGUGUACGUUAGGAUUGCGCCGUUGUUAGGAAGAAAUCUGUUGUAAAUGAGCAAGAUGUAUCAAUAAAACAACGAUCUUUAGCUAUGAUAUGAGUGAGAGACACUGAGAGACAGC